AACAUCCUAAACAUGCAUGAAAAAAAUUAUAAAAAAAUUCAAUCUCCAGGUCACUUGUGUGGACUUCGCGUAUAUUACAUAAUCAAUAAAUAGGAAGAAUCUCAUUUAUUCUUACAAGGUCAUUUUUCAGACUUAACGCAUAUUACAAGAUCAAUUUAAACGAUUAACCCUUCAAAAUAUGAGUGGUAAAACUAGUUAAACUUGAAAGUUACUUAACUUAGGUUUUGUUUGGGAGUUUGGAGGGGAGGGGAAGAGAAGACUUUAGAGGGGUUUGAAAUAUAGGGGUUUGAAAAUUGAAAAAGUAACAACUCUAAAAAAUUAUUAUUUUGAACGUGAAGUUCUGCACACCAUCAUGCAUCAAUUAGUUCCUUCACAUGUUAAUGAAACAUGUAACUGCAACAAACAAAAUGGUAACAUAAAUUAAUGGAUGUCUAGCUGGGAACACUGCAUAAACAUCGCCUUUGGCCACCAAGUAACCAAUAUAACAGUUUCUGAAGAUCAAGACUUUCCUUGCCUUCAAUAUGUCCUGUUGUAGGCAGACAAUUUCAUAGACUAAAAGAUUACAAUGCAUGCAUAAUGCAUUUCUAAGCAUAUAGUAUUAUAUUGUAAUGAUGCCAUUUUAUCAAAAUCAACGCUAUUCCCUAAAAAAAAUUGAGGGAUGAGUUGGAAGCUUGAUGCAUGGAGAGCAUUGCCAGAUCAUGGUGAGGUAGCUGAGAUUCAAAUCAAGAAGAUAUAAUUUCAUACUAAUUAGGUGACACUUGAGGAACACAAAUAUUCGUUUUGUCUCCCUCAAUCGGUUACUUUGUUUGCUAUAUAUGAAGGCAAAAAGCAAACAGAAACUCAAGUUUUCAAAUAAGCUCUUGUAUAUUAUCACUUUCUAACCUUUUGAGAAGAAAAAAUGGCAGUCAUUGAAACAAACACAAAAAGCUCUCUGCACCUUCGCAGCAACAGUUUACCCUCCUCUCCUCACCCUCUUGUAUCACAAUUUGAGGACAAUUUGAAAAUAUUGAAUAAUUCUGAAGGCACCACUUCAUUGUCAUCAUCAUCGGUAUGCAACAAACUUAAUGGAAUGCAGGAUUUGAAUGACUGCAUUGGUAAGUUACUUCAAUUGCCAACUGAACAACAAGCCUUAUCACGAGAAUGCAAUGAAAGAUCGGUUAAUGACCUACUAGAAGGUUCACUUAGAAUCUUGGAUAUCUGUAGUAUAGCUAAGGAUUUCCUUUCGCUAUCAAAGGAAAACAUGUAUGAACUACAAUCAGUCAUCAGAAGAAAGAGAGGAAUUGAAACUGGAUUCACAGUUGAGGGUGUAAAAUACAUGGCUUUUAGGAAGAACAUGAAGAAGCAAAUUCGAAAGGCGUUGGUAAAUUUGAAAACAAUGAAGAAUGAGUCGAUUGAUUCUUCCUCAAACAAAGACAAUAACUCUUCACCUAUGUUUGGAUUAUUGAAAGAAGCAGAAGCGGUCACUCUUUACUCACUAGAACAUCUAUUGCUAUUUAUCUCUGAUCCUAAAGGACACUCAAAACACAGCAGAUGGUCAAUAAUAUCCAAGCUGAUGCAUUCUAAAAGAGCAGUCUCCGACUCUCAAGAAUCAGACACAAAUGAAUUUGAGAAGGUAGAUUCAGCUUUGUUGUCUCUCAUCAGCCACAACAAGACUUCAUCUGCUGACAAUUUUCAAAGUCACAUGGAAAAUUUGGAGAUUUGCAUUCAAGAUCUAGAAAUAGGAGUUGAACACAUCUCAAGAAAAUUAAUUAGAAAUAGAGUUUCACUUCUUAACAUUUUCAACCACUAACCGUAGUGUCUAUAUCAUUUUUGCACACUCAAUUUUCGCUCACGAGUACUGUUACAUAACUGUACAUGAAUGUAAUUAUAUAUCUUCUUUUUAAUAGUGAAUAUUAUUA